AUGGAGAUUAAGGGCAGCGUGUUUGGAGUUUGUUUAGGUCUUGCUGUUUUUUUGAGCAUGUGUUUGGUUGAUGGGCUCGAAGAUUCUGAUGCAAUAGAUGGUGGCAUUAAUGCUGGGUUUAAUAAUGCCACUGCUGCUGUUAUCCCCAAGCUGACUGCUUCAUCUGAUGAAGUUUUAGUCAAAAGCAAUAACAAUCAAAAUGGAGGAGGAGGUGGUGGUGGAGGAGGUGGAGGUGGAGGUGGAAAUGGUGGUCAAGGUGGGGGAAGUGGUGGCGGAGCAGGUGGUGGGAAUGGUGGAGCUAGUGGAGAUGGAAGAGGAUUCAAUGAUGUGUGGGAGCCGUUUGAUGCAGCAAUCUUAGUGGUCCCUACAGCAAAUUCCAGUGACUAA